GGCUGGCUGAGGGAGAGAGCUGGGUGUCAGGGUCGCCGCGCUGCUGGGACCCCUGGACCCGGUUCCCUCCUACCCCGGCAACCCAGCGCAUGGCCCGUUUCCCUCUUGGUUAAGUGAGAUCAAGGUUUCAUUGCGCCGGGUGCUGUACAGGCAAGAAAACAGGCGGUUCUCACCCCUGUGGGUACCUGAAGCCCAGCAACGUGCUCCAGGUGUCCCAGCACGGGGUGAUGCUUGGAGGGAGCCUGGCGUGUGGGCCACAGCCCCAUGGCUGCAACAGGCUGUUGUUCCCCGCAGGAACUGAGCCUUGUGCAACGCAGUUUUCCGGUUGCAUGUUGCAAGGGAACGAGUCAGGAUGUGGGGCAAGUCCCGAGACUUCCCCUUUAAGCUCCAAAGUCCUGUGUUCCCCUCCAAAUCCAGCAACCAGAAGUCCAAAAUCUCCUCCCAGAGUAACCAGCCUUGGUGGGAUCCAGCCACGUUUCUGUCCCAGGACAUCCCCAGAGCAGCAGCAGCCCCCAUCCCCUGCCACAUACGCAGGCUCCCAGGCAGGAGAGCACCCCGACCCCGGGAACCCAGGGCUCCCUGCACCGCUCCAGCACCCUAUGAGCCCCACCGCUGUGGCUCAGGGCUUAUUUGGGGCUGGACCCUCAGGAGUGUGCAACUCCAGGGCUGUUCGUCACUCCCGUCCCAGAUUGAGGGUCUGCCCUGGGGAUGCAGGGGACCCGGCUCUGGUGCCUGGGCUGGGCAUUUCUGCACCUUCACUUUGCCUCUGUUUGGGUACUUCCACAGUGGAGAAAGCGGGGCUGGGAAAACAGUGGCAGCGAAAUACAUCAUGGGCUACAUCUCUAAAGUGUCCGGAGGUGGAGAGAAAGUGCAGCAUGUGAAGGAUAUCAUCCUGCAGUCCAACCCUUUGCUGGAAGCAUUUGGGAAUGCCAAAACUGUCAGGAACAACAACUCCAGCCGCUUCGGGAAGUACUUCGAAAUCCAGUUCAGCCGGGGCGGUGAGCCCGAUGGAGGGAAGAUCUCCAACUUCCUGCUGGAGAAGUCCCGGGUGGUGAGCCAGAAUGAGAAUGAGAGGAACUUCCACAUCUACUACCAGCUCAUCGAAGGGGCGUCCCAAGAGCAGCGGCAGAACCUGGGCAUCAUGACGCCUGAUUAUUACUACUACUUGAACCAGUCGGACACCUACCAAGUGGACGGCACCGAUGACCGCAGUGACUUCCAGGAGACCAUGAAUGCCAUGCAGGUCAUUGGCAUCUGUGGAGACGACCAGCAACUGGUGCUGCAGAUAGUGGCAGGGAUCCUCCACCUCGGCAACAUCAGCUUCCGGGAAGAGGGCAACUAUGCUCAGGUGGAAAAUGCCAACGCACUGGCCUUCCCUGCCUACCUGCUGGGGAUCAACCAGGACCGGCUCAACGACAAGGUCACCAGUAGGAAAAUGGACAGCAAGUGGGGUGGCCGCUCGGAGUCCAUCAAUGUCACCCUCAAUGUGGAGCAGGCGGCCUACACCCGGGAUGCCCUGGCCAAGGGCCUCUACGCGCGAGUCUUCGACUUUCUUGUGGAGUCUAUUAACCGGGCCAUGCGGAAGCCGCACGAGGAGUACAGCAUUGGGGUGCUCGACAUCUAUGGCUUCGAAAUAUUCCAGAAAAACGGCUUUGAACAAUUCUGCAUUAACUUUGUGAACGAGAAACUGCAGCAGAUCUUCAUAGAGCUGACCCUCAAGGCAGAGCAGGAGGAAUACGUGCAGGAGGGCAUCAAGUGGACCCAGAUCCAGUACUUCAAUAACAAGGUGGUAUGCGACCUGAUCGAGAACAAGCUGAACCCACCGGGGAUCAUGAGCGUCCUGGAUGAUGUCUGCGCCACCAUGCACGCGACUGGCGAAGGGGCCGAUCAGACCCUGCUGCAGAAGCUGCAGGCGGCCGUGGGGACACACGAGCAUUUCAACAGCUGGAGCGCAGGCUUCGUCAUCCACCACUAUGCAGGCAAGGUCUCCUAUGAUGUGACAGGCUUCUGCGAGCGCAACCGCGACGUGCUCUUCACUGACCUCAUCGAGCUCAUGCAAAGCAGUGAAUACGGUUUCAUCCGGAUGCUUUUCCCAGAAAAGCUAGAUUCUGACAAAAAAGGCCGACCAACCACAGCAGGCUCCAAAAUCAAGAAACAGGCUAACGACCUGGUGAACACGCUAAUGAAAUGCACGCCACACUACAUCCGCUGCAUCAAACCCAACGAGACCAAGAAACCCAGAGACUGGGAGGAGAGCAGGGUGAAGCACCAAGUCGAGUACCUGGGGCUGAAGGAGAACAUCCGGGUGCGCCGGGCAGGUUUCGCCUACCGCCGCGUCUUCCACAAGUUCCUGCAACGGUACGCCAUCCUCACUCCGGAGACGUGGCCGUCCUGGCGAGGGGAUGAGCGCCAGGGCGUGCAGCACUUGCUGCGAUCCGUUAACAUGGACCCAGACCAGUAUCAGAUGGGCCGGAGCAAGGUGUUUGUCAAGAACCCCGAAUCGCUCUUUCUCCUCGAAGAGAUGAGGGAGCGGAAGUUUGACGGCUUCGCCCGGGUGAUCCAGAAGGCCUGGCGGCGACACAUCGCCAUCCGGAAGUAUGAGCAGAUGCGAGAAGAGGCUUCCAACAUCCUCUACAACUUCAAAGAGAGGAGGAGGAACAGCAUCAACAGGAAUUUCGUGGGUGAUUACCUGGGCAUGGAGGAACGGCCUGAGCUGCGCCAGUUCAUGGCCAAGAGGGAGCGGAUAGACUUUGCUGACUCUGUCACCAAGUACGACCGGAGAUUUAAGCCCAUCAAGCGAGACUUCAUCCUCACCCCCAAGUACUUCUACCUGAUCGGGCGGGAGAAGGUGAAGAAAGGUCCUGAGAAGGGGCAGAUCAAGGAAGUGCUCAAGAAGAAGGUGGAGAUCCAGGCUGUGAAUGGUGUCUCGCUGAGCACCAGGCAGGAUGACUUCUUCAUCCUCCACGAGAAUGAAGCCGACAAUUUCUUGGAGUCAAUCUUUAAGACGGAGCUCAUCAGCUUGCUAUGCAAACGCUAUGAGGAGCUGACCCGCAGCAAGCUGCGCCUCACCUUCAAAGACAUACUACAGUUCCGGGUGAAGAAGGAGGGCUGGGGUGGCGGCGGCACCCGCAGCGUCACCUUCGCGAGAGGCCAGGGCGACGUGGCUGCCCUCAAAGCAGGAGGCAAAACCCUUACGGUCAGCAUUGGGGACGGGCUCCCCAAGAACUCCAAGCCCACAAGGAAGGGGGUAACACAGAGCAGAGGUUGCCACAGGCCACCAGCGGCCUCCCGAAAUGCCCCACCAGGGCCAAGAGGCACCUGCAGGAACGGGGCACCCCAGUUCCCCCGCAGCAACAGCCAGGCGCAGCGGGACCCCCACACGGUGCACCAGAAGCAGAUGCGGGGUCCACCAGCCGCGGUACUGCCCAUGCAAAGCAGCCGCAAGGCGAAGACGCGGCCCCCAUCUGAGCAGAAUAUGGAGUUCCUCAACGUGCCUGACCAGGGGGUGGCCGGCAUGCAACGGCGGCGAAGCGUGAGCCAGCGGCCCCCUCCGGCUGGGCGCCCCAAGCCCCAACCCAAGGCAGCUGUCCCACGCUGCCAGGCACUGUACCAGUACAUGGGGCAGGACGUGGACGAGCUCAGCUUCAACGUCGGGGACAUCAUCGACAUCCUGCUGGAAGAUAUCUCUGGAUGGUGGAAAGGUCGACUCCACGGCAAGGAAGGCCUUUUCCCUGGGAACUAUGUGCAGAAGAUAUGAGCUCCAUCCGGUGGUUGCACUGCCAGGUGUGAUGGGAGGCCACCAGCAGCAUCCUCUCACCUCACCACCGAUGAAGAAGUGCAACCCAAGCAAGAUCCAUGUCCCUGCCUGGAGCAGGCUGGUGGUGGACAAAAGGCAGCUCUCUGCAGCCAGCUGUGAUGGGGGGGGGGGG